AUGAACUCCCUCUCCACAAUCGCCUUCUCCCUGGGGCUGCUCCUGGUGACGGCUACUGCUUUCCCUACCCCGGGACCCCUGGGAGAAGAUUUCAAAGAUGAUACCACUUCAGACAGACUACUCCUCACCUCUCCAGACAAAACUGAAGCUCUCAUUAAGUACAUCCUCGGCAAAAUCUCCGCAAUGAGAAAGGAGAUGUGUGAGAAGUAUGACAAGUGUGAAAACAGCAAGGAGGCACUGGCAGAAAACAAUCUGAACCUUCCAAAAAUGGCAGAAAAAGACGGAUGCUUCCAAUCUGGGUUCAAUCAGGAGACUUGCUUGAUGAGAAUCACCACCGGUCUUCUGGAGUAUCAGAUAUACCUGGACUACCUCCAGAACGAGUAUGAGGGUGAUAAGGGAAGCAUCGAGGCUGUGCAGAUUAGCAUCAAAGCACUGGCCCAGAUCCUGAGGCAAAAGGUCAAGAAUCCAGAUGAAGUAACCACCCCUGACCCAACUACAAAUGCCAGCCUGAUGAAUAACCUGCAGUCGCAGAACGAUGACUGGAUGAAGAACACAAAGAUUAUCCUCAUCCUGCGAAGCCUUGAGAACUUCCUGCAGUUCAGCCUGAGGGCUGUUCGGAUCAAGUAGCUGGGGCACCGAAGGUCGCUGUAGUUCAUGGGCAUU